UUGGAUAUAUCAGAAAAUAUUACUCUUUGUUAUGAGAAGAACAAAGAUUUAAAUUCAAAAACUCCUAUUUCUGAAUUAUAUAAUACAAAUGAAAAUGUAUUAGAGAUUGUAAUUAAUGAUAUUACGAAUAAAAUGUCAAAAUUAGCCAUUUAUAAAGAUAUACCUAAUUUUGAAUAUGCUUCUCUUGCAUUCAAUCAUGAAUUUAAAGAUGACUCAUAUUAUGUUCAAAAUUUUCAUAAUUAUAUUAUAUUAUGUCAUAAUAGUUUUAAAGACAGAGAUAGUACUAAACAUAAUCCAAGUGAGUUUUGGAAACAUCAUCUUGAAGAUAAUGAUAUUUCUCUAUCUAUUCACUUUUCCUCAAAUCUUAUUGCUAGUUAUCUUGGCACUUGUCUUGUGAUCUCUCAAGAUAAAAUAAAAGCUUUAGCUUAUUAUUCACCAAAAUUAAUAAUUACUGAAGCUUCUUAUGAAUUUUUAAACAAUAAUAUAUUGAAUCGUAUUAUACAAUUACUUAGACAAAGAAUUGUAGAAUCUGAAAAAUGUGAUAAAUUAGUUGAAAAGCUAAUUCUUGUAUUGAUUCAUUAA